UUACUCCUACAACAUCGUUCGCUCGAAGCAACCACGAUUAGCGACGCAGCGUCAGCGUGAUGGAGCAACAACUGCAAGCUUGGUUGCGCAUUUGUUCAUUCUUCGGCAGCUACGUGAGCGCCACGAACUGCACGGACAACGACAAUACUAGGGAUGUGCGCGACCAAACCAACUCACGCGCUUAUUGGCUGCAACGCGGCUACAAUUGCCUGCUGCUUCUUAGCAUAUGUGUUAUAUUCGGUUGCAGUCUUUACUGGCACACGGUUCCGCCGGGGCUUGAGCUCAAUUCGAUAGCAGUAACCAUACUCUUCGCAACGCGUUUAAUCACUAACGCGUUCAUAUUAAUGGAAGCGGUGUGGAAGCAGCAACAACAUGCAGACUUUCUUAAAACGUUGCAGGCGAUUGAGGCGUCAAUGCAGCUGCGGCUUAAAUGGCGCAUUGACAGCGCGACGCUGCUGUGGCAAAUAAAGCGCUUACUUAAAUAUCAUCUGGCCUUCUCCGUGCUCGGCAUAGUGCCAUUCAUGGUGGCCACCUGGGUAGUACGGGAUUAUAGCGGCUACUUCUGGCAGGGCCUGUGGUAUAUAUGCAGCAUACGCGUACGCACGCUGCAAUUGCUCAUUUAUCUGCGCAUAUUACGGCAUUACUUGCGUGACUAUUGUUUGCAGUUGCAACAGCUGGUGGCGUACCGCCGAACACCGCAACAGCGCUUGUUGGACUUUGAUUAUGGACGGCUUGGCACGUUGCAUCAACUGCUAGCGCUCAAAGAGACUUAUAUGCUGUUCUAUGAGACCUUCGAGUUGCUGAAGGAUUUUUCUGGUUGGUCACUCUUCGCUAUUAUCAUUACGUCUGUCUUGGAUUUGAGCUCGAACUUCUACUGGCUACUACAAAGCUUCGAUAAUUUUUGGGGCCGUCGUUACUACUACUUGGCUGAUCUCUGGUGGUUUCUUCCCGUCGUGGCAUUGAUUUGCGAAUUGUGUUAUCUGUGCGAUAAUUGCAGACAGCUGGGCGGCAUUGUGUCGCUUUUACUAAGCCGGCUGAUUCGCUUGAAUUCAGCAAGCACGAGGCGGCAAUAUCAAUUGGUUUUGCAGCAAUUCGCCAUGCAGUUGCAGCUGCAGCGCAUUGAGAUUACGGCACGUGCAUUCUUCACACUGGACUUUCGCUUCAUGAUGUCGGUGAGCCUGCAUGUAUGCUAAAAAUUUCUCACUAAUGCUAAAAAUGAGUUAUAUCCCCCAGUUUUG